CGUUCGGGUUGUUACUAUGGACGCAGAGCUGGAGUUCGCCAUCCAGCCAAACACUACAGGCAAACAGCUGUUUGACCAGGUGGUUAAAACCAUAGGUUUGCGAGAAGUGUGGUACUUUGGUCUUCAGUAUGUGGACAACAAAGGAUUCCAGACUUGGCUGAAGCUUGACAAAAAGGUUUCUGCUCAAGAAAUCAGAAAGGAGAAUCCCCUCCAGUUCAAAUUCCGUGCCAAGUUCUUCCCAGAGGAUGUGUCUGAAGAGCUGAUCCAGGACAUUACGCAGAAGCUCUUCUUCCUUCAGGUGAAGGAAGGGAUCCUUAGCGAUGAGAUCUACUGUCCUCCUGAAACAGCAGUGCUUCUGGGCUCCUAUGCUGUGCAGGCCAAAUAUGGAGAUUAUAACAAAGACGUGCACAAGCCUGGAUACCUCAAUUCGGAGCGCCUGAUCCCCCAAAGGGUGAUGGAUCAGCAUAAGCUCUCCAGAGAGCAGUGGGAAGAACGGAUCCAGGUGUGGCAUGCUGAACACAGUGGGAUGCUCAAAGAGAAUGCCAUGCUGGAAUACCUGAAGAUUGCUCAAGACCUGGAGAUGUAUGGAAUCAACUACUUUGAAAUCAAAAAUAAGAAGGGAACUGACCUUUGGCUGGGGGUGGAUGCCUUGGGGCUCAACAUCUAUGAAAAGGAUGAUAAACUGACUCCAAAGAUUGGGUUUCCCUGGAGUGAAAUCAGAAACAUCUCUUUCAAUGACAAGAAGUUUGUUAUAAAGCCUAUUGACAAGAAGGCACCGGACUUCGUGUUUUAUGCCCCUCGUCUGCGAAUUAACAAGAGGAUCCUGCAGCUCUGCAUGGGCAACCAUGAGCUGUAUAUGCGGCGCAGGAAGCCCGACACCAUUGAGGUACAGCAGAUGAAAGCCCAGGCACGGGAGGAGAAGCACCAGAAACAACUGGAAAGGCAACAACUAGAAAAUGAAAAGAAGAAGCGGGAGACAAUUGAGAGGGAGAAAGAGCAAAUGCUGAGGGAGAAGGAGGAGCUGCUGGUGAGGCUACAAGAGUAUGAGGUGAAGACUCAGAAAGCAGAGAAAGAGCUCUCGGAUCAGAUCCAAAGAGCUAUUCAGCUGGAGGAGGAAAGGAGACGAGCUCAGGAGGAAGCAGAACGUUUGGAAGCUGAUCGUUUGGCUGCUCUGCAGGCCAAAGAAGAGCUGGAGAGGCAAACUAUGGACCAGAUAAAGAGCCAGGAACAACUGGCUACGGAACUUGCAGAGUACACAGCCAAGAUUGCACUCCUUGAAGAGGCGCGGAGGCGCAAAGAGAGCGAGGUUGAAGAGUGGCAGAUCAGAGCCAAGGAAGCCCAGGAGGAUCUGGUAAAGACAAAGGAGGAGCUACACCUGGUAAUGACUGCUCCGCCUCCACCCCCACCUCCUGUCUACGAGCCGGUGAACUACCAUGUCCAGGACAACCUGCACGAGGAGGGAUCCGAGUACUCGGCCUACAGCGCCGAGUUCUCCAGUGAGGGCAUCAGGAACGACCGCAAUGAGGAGAAGCGUGUCACUGAAGCGGAGAAGAACGAGCGCGUGCAGAGGCAGCUGAGGGCACUGACAGACGAGCUGGCCCAGGCUAGGGAUGAAAAUAAGAGGACCCACAAUGACAUUAUCCACUCGGAGAACAUGCGACAGGGGCGGGACAAGUACAAGACGCUGCGGCAGAUCCGGCAGGGCAACACCAAGCAGAGAAUUGACGAGUUUGAGGCGAUGUAACGAUGCUUGUGACAAGAAGGCAGGACUGGGGGAAAGGCAGAUCUUCAUGCUGUG